AGCCAUGUCUUCCUGUUCUUGAUUGGUGGUGCAGGAUGCUUUUUCGGAGUUAAAAUCGAAGACCAUGGGUGGCUCACAUUCGCAGGGGUGGAAGAUGAAGAUGGUCCCUCCCAAGAUAAUGCUGUCUCACCAGGUGCAGAGUGUUGUGACGGCCCUAGUGGUGCAGAGUGUUGCGGUGACUGUGGUGAUGAGGAGUGCUGAGGAGUUCCAGGAUGGUCAACUUGAAAAGGCUCUGCAAACAAAUCCACUGAUAGUGGCGUGAGGUUCAUCACAGCUUCUGCCUGUCGCUGUCUUUCCCUACAUUUCCUCUGGUUGAGCCUCCACUGUUCUCUUCUUUUUGUGGCUGCAGAUGUGGUCAAGUGUUUGAUGGGUUGAUAUUCAUAUUACCCAGCUUGCUGCAUUUGUCGAUACCUGCAAGAAUUGAAAUAAAUAUGUUUAUAUUUUAAUAAUAUGAAUUUUGAACUUACCUCCAACUCUGGUGGUCGUCAGGGGUCUUCUGAGUGAUGUCAUCACAUGUCACAUGACACGAGUCAUUUAUCUACAAUUCAAAAUGGCUUCCAAAAUUUGUUUUACCGAAUGACAUUGAGGGAAAUCUGUCCUUGCGGAACAAAGUGUUUUAGAUAUUAAAGACAUUUCUUCAAGAUUUAUCCUAUUAAUACUUAACAGUGCUUUUCUGUACAUUUUAAAAAAUAUGCUACAGACAAAAGUGGAUGAUUUUUACAUAUUUUUAAUCAUUUUAAAUGAAGUUGUCUUCUUUGACAUCAAGUGACUGCCGUUUUACCGUACGACAUUUUUCCACUUUAAUGGUAUAAAAGUCAGUCAAUUUUGUAUUUUUCAUGCAAAUAUGAAUAGUGAGGAGGAAAUGUGACGUGAGAUUAAUGAAUAUAUACAAUACCAACCUUAUUUAAUCCAAGUGUGUAAUAGUAAUUUCUCCUGGAACAAAAAAUCAGUGCGUCACGUCACUGACCCGUUUGUGUGUGUGUGGUUUGUUCAGCAACUAAUUGCACGAGACAAGAAGAAGAAAAGAAACAUCAUUUGAACAUGUAAGCCCACUAUAGCCCCUGAAAGACAGCAAUAUCAGUGGAAGAGGUUUGUGCAAUACUGCCUUCCAACUGCUGUUCUGUACUUCACUGGAAGUUCUGUAAAUAAUUGUUUGAGUGCUGUAAAAACUGUUGUAAAUGACGUAAUAUCUCACAGACCUUGCUAUUCUUUUAAUUAAAAAAAAAAGUAACUUUUAUUUUUUUAAAUUUAAUCUAAAUUUAAUUUAUUGUAAAAUUGUUUCUUUUUUAACCUGACUGAGUGAACUGCACAAGAAUUCCACUGUGCAUGUAUCCUGCGCUUGUGCAAAUGGCAAACAGGUCUCAGUCUGAAUCUUGAAAUGUUUUUUCAAGCUAAGAUGUCAGAUUGUAAAUCUGUUUUGUUAAUAAAGGUUUUUUAAAAUUAAAGUUUGUGGAAAAAAACAGCUUACAUGUGAUGUCACAAAUAAGUGUGUGAAGAUUGAUGAUGUCACUAAUACAAACUCAAGAUCAAAGGAGCAGAAUGUGAUGAUGUCAGAAAGACCAAAGUUUUUAGAAGGCUUUGAUGUUUCAGUGUUCUUUUGAUGGUUGUACCAGCAAGUCUGGAAUCUCUAACAGGUUAGAGACUGGAGGGAGAAUUCGAACUCACACAGCUAACGUGACACAACCAAAGUGCGAGACAGAUAGACAGAUAGAAUGGCUUCGAGAAAAGUCGGUAUUUCGUCCAGGGCUGAGUGGGUUGGGAUUCAAUACUCACUGCAGGCAGCCGAACAGUACGGAUGUGGAGAGGCAGACAGACAUGGUCUGCAAAAAAGAUAUACAGGGGAGGGUAAACUCCUCAAGGUCCGAUGGCAGAGGGCGCAGGAGGCAAAAAACAUUCAGCGGGCCAAAGAGGAGUGUCUCAGCAGUGAUAUCAGGACCCAUUUACAGUGGGAUCAUGAGACACAGAGACAGAGGGAUAAAAUUGGGAAUUUAGAAAUUGAGAACAAGCUGCAGCAGAGAAAACCUGAGCAGUAUAGGUUUAGGAGGCUCCAAAACCAACAGGAGAUAGUUAGGGAGAGACUGACAGCUAUUAACAGGGAGCAGGCUCUCUCUGCAGCUCUGAGGGAGGAGCAGAGGUGUAAAUCAGAUGAGGCUAGGCGACGCGCUGAACUGGAAAGGCAGCAGAAAGAGAGGGAGAAGAAGGCUGCUUUACUGGAGUCCAUCUCAGCUCACCGUAAGGAGCAGAUCAAGGAGAGAGAGCAGCGCAGGAAUGCAGAGCUCCAGAGCAGCCGGGACUGGCUUCAGGUUCAGAAACAGUCUGACAGGUUGCUUAUUAAACGCGAACAAUUGAAGACUCAGAGGAUAAGAGAGGAAAAUAUCAAAUUACAGAGUUUCAAUGCCUCUUUAGCAGCUGAACAACGUUCCCGGUAUCAGCAGCAGAAAAAGGAGGAACAUGACAAUGCAGUGAAAAACACUGAACAGAUUGCUGAGAGGGAAAAGAAACAUCAGCAAUACAUUCAGCGGGAACUCCUUACUCUUCAGAGCAAGCCGGUCUUGCCAGCUGUGAGAAAAGGAGGGCUAGGUUUGUUUAAUAGAGAGGUGCCUGGUUGUAUUACAGCGAACAACGGUGAGGCAUUACCCAAACUGGGUACUGCUAAAACCAAGUUUGUUAAACUGUGUCAGGAGCGGAACAAGUUGCAGCUGGGUUAUAGAGAGAUUGAUAAAGUUAGCAUGGGAUCAGACUGCCUCCCUCCCAUUUCCAGUGCAGUUAAGCACACCUUAGCUGCACAAAAUGCAGAGAGAGGAGGGUUUAGUCCAAUUUUUAGAAGGGAGGGGCCUAACUACCUCCCUGCAGAUAUCAGGGGGCCAUUGCACAGAUACUCCGGUGCUCAGACAAUUAAACAGCGACAGGAAUGCUACAGGAGUAAUGUUAAAUAUGAGCAGACCACAAUAAUAGAUCUUAGACAGACCGGUUUAUCUUCCACACCUGUCCUCCCUAAACUCGAGCGGGACUCUAGAGUAUUAUCCACCAUCCCUCGCUUACCACCAAUUCGAAAUGCAAGAUAGAGGUUCAAUAUCUAUGGACAUGGACCUUCUCCCUUUUUCCUUUCCACCCCACCCUACUUUCAUUUACUUACAUUGAGGAGUGCUUUUUCAUCCCAUUUGUGGGUUUACUCAUGGUAUUCAGGUUUCCUCCCACAUUCCAAACACAUACUGGCUAGGUAUAUUCGACACUCUUAAAUUAUCAAUCAUAAUUCGUUUAGUUAUUAGAGGUUCCCAGCAACAGCCGAAAGAAGAUCGGUGACACCGCCUUUGUCAGUUACACCCCCAAACUAUCAAUACUCUGCCCAUAGAUGUCAGGGAAGCCAGCUCACUAGAUUCUUUAAAAAGAAAGUUUAAAACCCGUCUCUUUACCCAGGCAUUUAACGCUUUGCACUUGCCCUCUACUGCUGUUUAAUGUAGUCAGCCUUGCACUUAUACUCAACUGCGCUUCUUUUAAAAUGUCAUAUUUUAUUUUAUUUUAUACAAUCUACGUAUUGUAUGCUUUAACUUGUU